CAUGCACUCAAUAUUGGUGAACCAGAAAUAUCUUGCUAUGCCUCCACUAUAUAAUGUGCUCACAGAACCCACGACCAAUCUGGCGUAUCCUGUUCCCCCACCCCUCAUCUUUUCUCCCACUUCAUCUAAUCGCACCGAACUUGAAAACCGCUGUAUUAUUUGAUGAACUCGCCGUCCGAAACCCAUGUCACCACCAUCUCUGUGGCUAAUCUUCACUGUAGCAGCUGUGUAAACACAAUCAAUGAAGUGCUCUUCUCUCUUUCUCCCCCUCCAACAAGGGUAGACGUAUCCAUCGUGCACCAGUCAGUGACAGUCGAGCAUGCUACUACAGCACCCACCCACACUAUACAUUGCAUGCUUGAGGAUGCUGGCUUUGAUGUAUCUCACCCAGAUGCCAGUUCCUCAGAGCACGUGCUUUCACGAGCAGCACGGGGGAUGAGCACCAUGCUUUCCGAAAAACGUCGAAAGCAUAUACAACAUUGUUCAUCAUGUCAGGAGGCAGCCGCCAUCUUACUCAAUGAUACCGUUUCACCACUCCUGCAGGGUAAUACUACCGGUCACCUAUAUUCUAACAGCGUCCCUCCAACGGGUUGCUACAAACUAGAGGACCCAGGAUGGAGCCUAAGCCCGUUGCACAAGGUAGGCAUCGAUGACGUGGCGCAUCUUGUCACUCUGUCCGUGGGUGGUAUGACGUGCUCUUCAUGCUCGGGCACCAUUACCGAAAUAGUUUCACAACUCCCUGGUAUCUCCAAAGUAGUCGUCAGCCUCCUGAAUAACUCUGCCGCAGUUAUUGUUGCUCGAAAGGAUCUAGUUGGCUCCGUGACCAAGACGAUUGAUGACUGCGGCUUCGAAGUCGACAUCAUCAAGGUCGAGCCCCUCAUCCCAUUGACAUCAACAAAUAACGCGACAACAACAGGUCCUAGGAAAUUAUCCCUUCGUGUCGACGGAAUGUACUGCCAACAUUGUCCAGCCAAAAUCAUGACCGCCUUAAACAAGCUCCAGCCCGACGUCACCGUUAUCAAACCAUUAUCAAACCAUUUGGAUUCCCUAAUUGAAGUCUCGUACAUACCAUCGCCCCCAGACUUCACCAUCCGCUCCAUCAUCUCCACCAUUGUGUCUGUGGAACCGACGUCGUACAGUGUAUCGAUCCAUCAUCCACCUACCCUCGAAGAACGCGCGCAUCGCAUGCAGCGACGCGAGAAACGAGUCUUGCUACAACACCUGUUUUUCACGUUCAUCAUUACGAUACCCACGUUCAUCAUCGGUGUCGUUUGCAUGAGCCUUCUUCCCGCUGGUCAUCACACGAAACUGUAUUUAAUGCAGCCGAUGUGGAAUGGAAACGCGUCCCGAAUCGAGUGGGCACUCUUCUUCCUCGCUACCCCAGUAUAUUUUUAUGGCGCUGGCGCAUUUCAUCGUCGGAGUAUCAAAGAGAUUAAAGCUUUGUGGAGGAGAGGGGGCACGACUCCCAUCAUUAAGCGCUUCACUAGAUUUGGGAGUAUGAACCUUCUGGUUUCUACAGGAGUAACCGUGGCUUAUUUUUCAUCGAUCGUGGUUCUAGUCCUUGCGGCAAUACAGCCACCUUCGAGCGAUGGUACAGGGCAAGAAACAACAUAUUUUGACUAUGUCGUGUUCCUGACUAUGUUUUUACUUGCUGGUCGCUACCUUGAGGCAUACAGUAAAGCAAGGACUGCAGACGCCAUUACUGCACUUGGGUCACUUCGCCCUGCCGGAGCUCUUGUCUUGUCUCCUCGCCCUGCUCCUGAUUCUACGGUCCCAAUGGUCGUUCCACGGAAUGACCCUGAAAAAUGCGACGUAGCAUGCGAUAACGGUAGCCUUGUUGCAUCUCCUGGGUUUAAAUUUGAGAAGGUACCUGUAGACCUCUUGGAGGUUGGCGAUGUAGUGCGUGUGCAAAAUGGUGCGACACCACCAUCAGACGGUACAAUCGUCUCCGGUGCGGAGACGUCCUUCGACGAAAGCUCUUUAACGGGCGAGGCUCGACUUAUUAAGAAGAACAUCGGGGAUAAGGUUCUUCUUGGAACAAUCAACAAGUCCAGGGCUGUAGAUGUUCGAGUUGACGCUGUUGGCGGUGUCACAUUGCUGGAUCAGAUUGUGCAGAUCGUCCGUGAAGGCCAAACUCGUAGGGCACCCAUUGAACGCGUUGCAGACCAUGUUACAGGCGUUUUUGUCCCGAUCAUCACUCUACUGGCGAUCGUCACAUGGUUGAUAUGGCUUGCCUUAGGUGUCAGCGGUGCCAUCCCUAGGAGCUACUUAGACAUAAGUGUAGGCGGAUGGGUCGUGUGGUCUCUCGAGUUUGCAAUCGCAGUAUUCGUCGUGGCAUGCCCUUGCGGCAUUGGCUUGGCAGCACCUACCGCUCUUCUUGUGGGAGCCGGCCUCGCAGCCAAACAUGGAAUCUUGGCUCGCGGAGGCGGCGAGGCUUUCCAAGAAAUGGCUCAACUUGACCUCGUCGUGUUCGAUAAGACCGGAACACUUACCGAAGGUGGCGAACCCCGAGUGUCUGAUGCCGAGAUCCUGUUGUCGUCGGUGCCUGAGAAGAUGCUUCUCGGAAUUGCCGCGGAGUUAGAAUCUGUGUCAUCUCACCCGCUCGCGAAUGCAAUCAGGCAGUAUGCGGGGAAGCAUGGCGCUACGUCUGUUGCUGGCAACGCGUUCGACGAGAUCGCUGGCAAAGGCGUCAAAGCAGAUUUUGAUGAAAUGCGUUGCAAGGCGAUGGUAGGAAACGAGGCCCUGAUGCGAGACCAUGAUGUACUGCUUUCUCCUGACGUCCUCCGAGUGCUCGAGAGGUGGAAAUCUGAGGCGAAGAGCAUCAUCCUCCUCGCGAUUAUGGUCGCAGAUCUGGACAAUCGAUUCGUUGUUGCAGCGAUAUUCGCUGUGUCGGAUCCCAUCAGGAAGGAAGCUACUGGUGUUAUACGGCAUUUGCAGGAGGAGGGCAUUGGGACAUGGAUAAUAUCAGGGGACAAUGAGACUACGGCUAAAGCAGUCGCGAAAUACGUGGGCAUUCCUGAAAUGAAUGUCAUCGCUGGAGUUUUGCCUCAACAAAAGGCGGAAAAAAUUGAGUGGCUGCAGCGUAAUGGUGGCAAACGUCCUUCUCCGCGAUGGCAACGUAUGUUGGGCAGGUCAACGUCAAAUGAGCGUUGUGUCGUCGCAAUGGUUGGUGAUGGUAUUAAUGAUGCACCUGCGCUGGCUGUCAGCGACAUAGGAAUAGCUAUCGGAUGUGGAAGCGACGUCGCAUUAUCUAGCGCUUCGUUCAUUCUCUUAUACUCUAACCUCAAAACUUUACUCACACUGAGCGACUUGUCGAGAAAAGUGUUUAACCGCGUCAAGGUUAACUUUAUGUGGGCAUUUAUGUAUAAUUUGAUCGCAGUCCCCAUCGCUGCUGGCGUCAUAUACCCUGUCGGACACGCGCGUUUAGCUCCUGUCUGGGCGUCAUUGGCUAUGGCAUUAUCGUAUGUAUCUCCUGACUAGGCAUGACCUAUACUGAUGUGUUAUCCUAGCUCUGUAUCUGUGAUUUGCUCCUCCCUCGCACUCAAGCUGUACAGAGAGCCCAAGAUACAGCUUUAGCAAAUCCAGUCCAAUCUUUUCUGCAGUCAACCCAUUUAUUCGUAUAUAUCUCGUUAUGUCUCAUUCUCCUCACUACCUACUACCUAGUAACUCAGUCUGCCAGAAAUCAACUUGUUCUGCGCUGAGAGAACCGAUAUUAUUUUCAUAAUGACAUGCUGGGAUGCUUGUGCGGCAGCAGUCCCCGAGCCUUCGGUUUGCAGAAUACCGACAUCACCAACAGUUUACAACUGAUCAGAAGUGUCAUCGGAUUCAGAUUAUUAUUCUAAUCGCAUAGCAGACGC